AUGUCAGGAGAUCAGCGUGUUGAUAGCUCUACUCAAGAGGGAGGUGAUGAAGAUCAUGAUGAUGUAGUUGAUGCAAAGCCAGACAGAAGUAGCAGAUUCUCACUUUUUGGAAAAAAAAAAAAGAAGAAUGGAGAAGAAGAACAGCCAAAGUCCUCUCUCAGUAAUCAGUACCGAAUUGUUACACCCACAUUCCAGUAUAAUAUGGACUACAAGAAAGUUGGCAAAUGUAUUAUUAUAAACAACAAAAAUUUUGAAGACAAAACAGGAAUGGGUACACGCAAUGGCACUGACAAAGAUGCUGGAGAUCUAGCUAAGAGUUUUAGAAACUUAGGUUUUGAGGUUUACACAUACAAUGACCGAAGCCGUGAUGAUAUGGAAAAAUUACUGAAGCAAGCUGCUGAGGAGAAUCACAGUGAUGCCGCUUGUUUUGCCUGUAUCCUUCUAAGCCAUGGGGAAGAAGGCCUCAUCUAUGGCACUGAUGGACCCAUGGCUAUCAAGAGUUUGACUGCGCUAUUCAGAGGAGACAAGUGUAAAAGCCUUAUAGGCAAACCCAAAUUAUUUUUCAUUCAGGCAUGCAGAGGCUCUGAAUUUGAUGAAGGUAUACAAACUGACUCUGGACCUGCAAAUGACACUCUGGAAACAGAUGCCAAUCCGAGAUACAAAAUCCCAGUAGAAGCAGAUUUUCUGUUUGCAUAUUCCACAGUGCCAGGUUAUUACUCCUGGAGGAAUCCUGGAAGAGGCUCCUGGUUUGUGCAGUCUCUGUGCUCUGUGCUAAAUGAGCAUGGAAAACAACUUGAGAUCAUGCAGAUCCUCACACGGGUCAACUAUGUGGUUGCCACAAAUUUUGAAUCACAGUCUGAUGAUCCACGCUUCAGUGAGAAGAAGCAGAUUCCCUGCGUGGUCUCUAUGCUCACUAAGGAACUUUACUUCUGAAAGUGUAUUUUAAUGCAGCCAGUGAUGAAAGAUCAGGAUAUGGUUUUGGGUGGAGAUUUGAUUAUAAACUGGAGUAACACAUUCUUAAUAACAGAAAUGUAAUUACACUAGAUUUUUAUAUUGUAUAAGCUGGGGUAUCUGAUGGAUGGGCAAUACGCAAGAUUUUAAAAAAGAAAGAAAUGCUGUGGGCCAACCUGACAGCUAAUACUAAUUACUGUAUCUUGAUUUCCCUUAGUGUGGCUGUCAUGAUUUAUGGCUACUGAAGAUGUUCGAGAGUCAGCUACCUGACCCAUAAAGGUUUAUUCCAGAAAACAGAUUGUAAAUUAAGAACAAAAAAAUUAAAUCGUGAGACUCCAUCUUUUCUUUCACUGCUAGCUCAUGGAACCGUAACUUCCUCGGAAAUUUCCAAAGACCAUCAUAUUAUGAGUAUGUCCAGUGAUGAAACAGUUUGUAGCUAUUUAAAAGGGUGUUUCUUAGUCUAAUAUAUUAAUUUCCUUUUUAUGAACAUUAUUGAUGAAGACUAAUGGUUGCUCUGUGCUUAAUCUGGAAGUCAAUUUACUUAGUUAUCACUCUAGCAUAAGAUGGAUAAAUAAAAAAUAAAUAUUUGUAGAUGAUUGACCUGAAUAAUAUG